GGCGAGAAAAACGAUUCUAAAAACGGUAGCUGACUGUACCGACUGUACUCUCAUUUGCUUUCGGUACAGAGUUUGACAGUUUUCUAGUUAUACACUAUAGCUAACGAAUGCAAUAAAUUGAAUAUUCACGGUUACAUAUUAUAACAGUUAUAAAAAUAUUAUUAAAUAAAUCAUGCUUGUUUUAGUAUUGGGAGAUUUGCACAUUCCACAUAGAUGCAGUAGCCUUCCAAGUAAAUUUAAGAAAUUAUUAGUGCCUGGUCGAAUACAGCACAUCUUAUGCACAGGCAAUCUUUGUACAAAAGAAUCGUUUGAUUAUUUAAAAACAUUGGCUAGCGAUGUGCAUGUUGUUAGAGGAGACUUUGACGAGAAUUUGAAUUAUCCAGAACAAAAAGUUGUCACAGUUGGUCAAUUUAGAAUAGGUUUAUCACACGGACAUCAAGUUGUACCUUGGGGAGAUCCUGAAUCGUUAGCCUUAAUACAAAGACAAUUAGACGUUGACAUUUUAAUAUCAGGUCACACGCAUAAAUUCGAGGCAUAUGAACAUGAAAAUAAAUUUUACAUUAAUCCUGGUUCGGCAACAGGAGCCUAUAAUCCACUGGAUACAUCGGUCAUUCCAUCCUUUGUCUUAAUGGAUAUUCAAAGUUCAACAGUUGUAACAUAUGUAUAUCAACUUGUCGGUGAUGAGGUGAAAGUUGAAAGAAUUGAAUACAAAAAAAGCUAAAAUUGUAUAAAAAUUGAAAUAUAAAUGAACUGAAUUACAUAUUAUGUCUAUGUAAUAUACAUGACUUUGAUACUGAUCCAUAUAUGAUUCAUGUAACAUCUCAGGUGCAUUUGAAUUAGUAUUAGCACUUAUUUAAGGAUUUAAAUUGUAUAAAACAUUAAUUGUAAAUAAAAUAAAGUAUGAUAAAUUUCAAUCAUA